UACCAGACACCUUCCGCGGCGGCGAUGCACAAUGGAUAUACAUUGUAAAUACGUAAGAUCCAAAAACAAAUUUAUAUAUAUUAGUUAUAAUAAACAAAAUACCAAAUAUAUCUAUCUCAAACUCUCAUUUACGUUAAUUAAACUAAAAAUAAAUAAAUAAAUUACACAACUGCUGCAUGCACUUAGAUAUGCACAUAUAAACCGCCUUACCUGACGAUAUUCUAACAUUACAAACACUACAGAAAGCGCUCUGACACGCAGUCUCACUUCUACACCUCUUUCUCGACGCCAUGACGUCACCUUACAACUACGCAUGCGCGAAACAAAACUCCCGUACGUUCACGGUCUACAAUGGCUGUCUCCGACCUUACACCGACAGACAGCGAGAAAUGGUACUUUAGCAAGAACGGUCUCAAGCAGACGCCGUCGAUUUGUGCCAAUAUGGACCCGGAGAAGGAGUUGAGCUACCGACAGCAGGCCGCCAGUCUCAUUCAAGACAUCGGACAGAAACUCAACGUGAAACAUCUGGUCAUCAAUACGGCCAUCGUCUACAUGCAUCGAUUCUACAUGUUCCACACGUUCGCCAAGUAUCCGAGAAACGACAUUGCCACAUGCGCUUUGUUCUUGUCUGCUAAAAUCGAGGAAGAUCCACGAAAACUAGAGCAUGUCAUACGCGUAUCUCAUGCAUGCCUCAACAGAGAGAGUCCACACCUUGACACGAGCAGUGAGCCAUACAAGAAGGCGGCCGAGAAUCUCGUAGUCAAUGAGCUUUUGAUGCUUCAGACGCUGGGUAAGAGAUGUGUGGGUGUGAUCGUGUGUGGUGGUUUAUUUGGUUGGUGUGUAGGAUUCGAAGUAUCUUUAGAUCAUCCUCACUCUCAUGUGGUAAAGGGAACGCAACUAAUGAACUUAAGUAAAGAGCUGGCUCAAACGGCAUACUUUAUGGCAACGAACAGUUUGCAUCUCACAACGAUGUGCUUGGAACAUAAACCAACGACAGUAGCAUGUGUGUGCAUUCACCUGGCAUGCAAGUGGGCCAAGAUAGAAGACCGAGUGAUGAGUCAUACCCACACACACAUCCUUUCAGGACCUAACGUACCAAAGUCGGCCGACGGCAAAGACUGGUGGACAUAUAUCGAUAAAUCCGUAACAAAGUCAAAGUUGGAUGCUCUCACCGAGGAGUUCCUACGGAUAUUCGAGAAGAGUCCAAGCAAACUGAGACGUAAAUUAGCCAGCACGAUGAACAAGAGACCCGACAAGGGAGAUAAGACCUCCGUUUCAGGCUCUUCGAGUAGCAGCAGCAUGGCGGCUACUUUAGGUUCGAAUGGAAGCAGUGAAGCUCACUCGAGCUCAAAAGGAAAGACUUCGGCUCACGCGUCUGGUACUAAGAGUCAGCCGGUCAGUCGACAACUGACGCCACAACCGCUUCCCAAACCACCCGUACCGGACACUCAAGUGGCUACCGAGAUGCCGGCACUUCCAAAACUAGAGCCAUUGGUACAUACUCCGUAUAAACACAAGGAACUGGGCAAUAUAUUGCGCCCUACACAUCAAGACACGCACACAAAAAGUGACGACAAAUCGGCACCGAACGGUCAGACCGUGAAGUCUCAGACGGGUCGCCACCAUAGUAGCCAUUCUAGUGUAUCAACGGAUCCACUACAAAGACACCGUACUCAGUCGUCUUCCAGUAAGGGAAGCGGCGUCGUGCACCACUCUCAAUCUCAGCGUCCGGGCGAACAUCACCGCUCGCACUCGCAUGCACACCGACAUCACCAGCAACCACACCACCACCGUAAACACUCACACGAUCGACUGGAUCGACCGCACGAGAAGGACAAGACGAAAGAGCGACAACACCACUCACAUCAUUACAAAGGCCAGACACGACCCCCCGGUCACUCGCACACCAGUGAUACACAACCGAGUAAAAAACGGAAAGUCGAGGACCUGGAACCUGGAGAGAUACUUGAUGACGACGCGGAUGCCAGUCGUCCGCCUCCCAUUCCUCCCCUGCCACCCCUACCGAGGAACCCCCCACCCACCCCACCUCCUUUACCCACCGAAAAAUGA